AUGAGGCCAACUCAAGCUCUGAUGGUCGGCAAGUACCGCCAUCUCAAGCUCACCACCAAGGAUGUCGGCCGCGGCUUCUACAAGGGAAACCGCACCGGCUCGAUGGGUCGACACACAAAGUACGGAGGAUACGUUAUCGAGUGGAGCAAGGUCCGCACGUACGUCGUGCCCAAGGACCUACCGCAGUUCGAGCUCAAGCCAUUUGUGAGCAAGCAGAUCAAGCAGAAGCCCGGCGACUACAAGGGCCUGUCCAAGGGUGCUUCGGACCCUUACUUCUACGUGGAGCAGUGGAAGCGAUUCAACGGCAUCGACUAA